AUAACAAAUUACCUUCAAAUUUAUAGGUCGUCGCGAAUUUCAAUUUCGUUCUCUAUUUUUUCUUCAUAAACAUGAAUCGAAUGAACUACCCAUGAAUUUAUCAAUCAGAUACUCCGCUGGCACUUGUAUUUAUCUUCAUGUGGUGGAUUCUUAGAAUAAUCUUGAAAUCUGGAGUUUUCCCCUUGAAUAUGGAUUCAACAGAAGCCACCGGAGAAACAACUAGGCGUCGUCCAUUACAGAUAUGCGGGGCAUCAAUUUUAGCAACUGCCCACAUAGUAUGCACAAAAGCACAAGACUCUGAUAGCCCUAUAGGAUCAAUGGCGAAAAGGAUAACACCAUUGGCGAAAAGGAUAACACCAUUGAUCAAUUCGGCGUUGCCUUUAAUAUAUGCAAUGCAAUAUCAGUGGCUAGUAAGCCUCUCCUUCAUUGAUGAUCGUAUUCUCGCUAUUGAAAACAUUCUGGAACUCAUUUUCCCACCAUCCAAACGUUUGUUUAACAAGAUUGACGAUCUUGUCUACACUGCAGAAUGUCUACCAGAGAAGUUCGACAAUGUUUUGAACUCGUUCCCUGUACUUAUCCACAGAUUUCCUCUUCUAGACUGGGUUAUGCUCCGGCUCAUAUCAUGGUUAACUUUUCUUAUCAACAUGCUAACUCAUUGGGGAUCGAAGGAUAACACAAGGGAGAAGGAGAUCACGAUUGAUAUGAAUCGCAGCAAAUCAGAAUCAACAGAUUGUUACCUUGUAGAUUAUUCACAAGAACCUUCAAAUGCUGUGCAAACCGAAGAUGUUAAAAGAUUGUUACUAAUAGCAGACACUUCAGAACAACGGAAUAAAACAGUCGAGGAAGCAAAUUGUCCUGAUGAAUCUCCUUGUACUUCUUCAUUUGAGUCAGCAACUUCAUCUCCAUUGUCUGUUUUAUCACAAGAUGAGGCAAAGUCAGCAGACGAAAAGGGCAAGUCCAAUAAUUUGAAGUGCAGUUACAAAGAAAUUCUUGAGAAGGGGUUGAAUGAAAACACAGAAAAUAAAGAAAUUGAUGCCCUGAAAGAGUUUGGCUGGGAGAAAGAUGCAAAGAAAAAGUUAGGAAGAAAGCAUACUUGAAGAUAAAAAAUUAUGGAACUAUUCGAGGCAAGCUGGCCCUUGAAUUGAAUUGACUGCAAAAGUGGAACCAUAGUCGAAGAACCUGAUGCCCGCAUUCAAAUUUUGAAUGCUUGUACGUAGUAAAAUACAAGACUGGAUAAUAUGAUAACAAGGCUGUCCUUA